GUCAAAAAUAACGAACCAAAUAAUUCAAAUUGAAAAAAAAACAAAUAAUUAAUCCCUCGGGUUGAGAUAUUAUUAAAAAAUCAAAUUAAUUUAAUAAAACUAUGUCUAACGCAUCAAUCAAGCGUAAAAAUCAAAAGGUUUUACAUUAUGAAGAUCUUGACUCCGACAAUAUGGGAAACAAUACAUUAGCAGUAUUUGAUAGUCAGAAAAAGAAGAAAAGAAACGUGAAAUCAAGAAGGAACCCAAAGAUCACAUUAGGUAUUACAGAUACUUUAGAAACGUCACCAACAGAUUCUGACUAUGAUUUUAAAGAAAGUUAUUCUAAAGCAGCAAGACCCUCAAGAAGUUUUAUUAUAGAAAAAUCCAGAACAAGAACAAAAAAGAAACUGUCAACUGAUCAAGAAAGUCCAGGCACUUACCUUACUGACCCUGAUCUUAUAGAUAUUGAUGGUACAGAAAAGAGAACUAGAGGUCGCCAUAAAAAGACUAAAAAAGUGAAAAAUAAUAAAGAGAAACAAUCAAGUGAUCAAGAGAGCUUAACAAGAGAUGCUACUGACGAUUCUGAUAACAGAGAUCAUUUUAGUAGUAGAGGUCCUAAAAAAAUAAAAAAAGGAAAAAAAACUAAGAAGAUUUCAUCUAACAUUUUAUUGGGAACCAAUUUGGAUUCAGAUGAAAAUAAAUUUUCUUCUGGUAAUGAGGCCAUUCAUCACACUAGAAAUUCAACAAGAUUGAAAAAGAAUUCACCAGCUGAAUAUAUUUCAAAGAAUCUACCAAGUGAUCAAGAGACAAGAUAUCCUACAGAUCAAGAUUCUGAUGACAGAGCUCCUCAUGAAAAAGCCAGAGGUAGUCCUAAAAAAAUUAAAAAAGGGAAUAAAACUAAGAAGAUUUCAACUGAAAUUUUAUUGGAAACAGAUAUAGACAAAAAUAAAUUUUCUUCUGGUAGUGAAGCCGCCUAUUUCACUAGAAAUUCAACAAGGUCAAAAAAGAAUUCAUCAACUGAAUAUAUUUCAGAGAUUUCACCUGGUAUUUUAUUUGAAACCGAUUCAGAUUUUGAACAAAAUAAAUGUCCUUCCAGCAGCAAGGUCACCAAGCGCACUAAGAAUUCAAAACUAAUCCUAACUAAAAAUGUUGCAGAAAUUUCACCUGAUAUUUUAUUUGGAACCGAUUCAGAUUUAAAAGAAAAUAAAUGUCCUUCCAGUAGCAAGGUCAGAAAUUGCCCUAAGAAUUCAAAAUUAACAACACUAACCAAAAAUGUCCCAGAAAUAUCUGAAAGCAGCUUUAACCCAAAUGCGUCAUUUACCAUAGAAAGAAAUGGUGAAAACCCAAAAUUAAAGAGAAAAGGUACUUUUAUUAUAGACCCACAGGAAACAUCAACUGCGUUAACUGAUACUUUACCUUUCAUCAAUAGUUCAAAUAUGACUUCAAGAAAAUCAUCUCAGUUAGCAUCAAGCAGCUCUCAAAGCGUUAGUUUUAAUUACAAUUCUAAAACCCCUAAGUUGGAUAAGAGUGAAAAGGAGAAAAAGUCUUUUGUAACCCCGAAACAGCAAUCUGAGAGAGUAAACGUUUCCACCGUUGAACGUCCGACAUCUUCAAGGAGAUUAUGGACGGAUUCUUCCCACAUAAAUCGCAAUUGUGAUCUAUCGGUCUGCAGUCCAAGACCAGGAACAUCGAAACAAAUAAAACCUUCCAACAAGCUACCUGCUACCGUUCGUUUCGAAUGUUCAACACCACAAUGGGCCAGCACUCCCCUUGGAAGUGUUAAAAAAACGCCGUUCCCUAAAGACAAACCUUCGAAAUCCGCGAAUACAUCAUCACGCGUAAAACCCCCACCAAAUUUCUCAAAAAUCCACGAGCGACAGUUCGAAAAAAUGGAAAAUAUCGUCGAACUUCAAGAGAGAAGAGCUGCCAGGGCUCAACUAUUAUUAUCCGGUUGUAAGCCGCUUGACAACGCCAAAGCGAAUAAAUCUGACAAGGAAUCCAAAGUGAAAAGGCCCCUCUUUAUGCCCGCUAAAACCGAUAAAGCGUCUAAAUUAAAGUCGCCCGUAAAAAAAUUAUCAAAACCUAUUCAGAAAACGGUUCAAAAACGAACUUCGUUAGAAAAGAAGAAGGCGAACAGUAAAAUACCGGUAAAAGUUAAAAAUACGAAUAUGCAAUCUGUGGCGGCUAAGUACGACUUCACGCCGGCUCACAGUAAAAAAGCUCAAACGGACAUUUUAGCCAAGAAAAGGGAUGAAGUAUCAAGGUAUAGAGUGAAUAGGAGGUUUGAACUACUUAUGAAGAUGAGAGCAAAAAAGGAAUAACUAAUGUAAGUGUUAAACGUAAGCGUUCUUUUUGUUAAGAAUUUUGUUUGUAGUAUGAAUUAAGGAAUGUAAUCAAUUUUUUAAUGCUUGAGUUUUUUAUUUAAUAAAUAUUUUAAAAUAA